UACAGAAGAAAGGGCAGCGGCGGAGGAAGCGCUCGACUUGGAGCGGGUCCACAGGGUGAAGGAUGGGAAAACAUUUGGACAGCACAAUUAUUGGAAGCAACUGUUGAGGAAAAGCCAUAAAACUAAUGACCUUUUUUUCAACCAACUUUGUACUGGAUUUUUGCACUUUCAAAAUAAAAAGAUACGACAUCAUCUGAGAGACGAGAGAGGGAGGGGGAGGGCAGGAGAAAGAGAGAGAGAGGGAGAUAGAGGGUGCGUGCGCCUGUGUCACAUCGAGAUGUUCAUGAUCAUUCGCGAGUCGACGGCUGCGGGAGGCAGUGCUGCAGCCAUGAGCGUGCCUCAGGAGAAGACUGCCAAACAGGUGCAGGCUGCAAUCAAAAAGAAGGUAGAGAAGCAGAGGAAGCGCACCGGUGAGCAGGGGGGAGUCAUUACAGCAGAUAUUCAAGUGUCCACACCGCAUCACCUCCCGAAAACGCUCUCUGAGAACGGGCAGACGUUGGAAGAGAGGCUGGAGCAGAUGAUGGAAGGACCACAAAGGAAAGACAGCAGCAGAGAAGAGGUGGAGCAGUCGGAGCCUGUCCACUUGCUGCCUAUCGUGGACUCUGUGUUUGGACAGGAUCGAGAGCUGAGACCAGAAGAGAUGGAUGAGCUCCGUGAAGCCUUUUUGGAGUUUGAUAAGAACAAGGAUGGCUUCAUCAGCCAUAAAGACCUGGGGGAGUGCAUGAGGACCAUGGGAUACAUGCCCACCGAGAUGGAGCUCAUAGAAUUGAGUCAGCAAAUUUGUGGAGGCAAAGUGGACUUUGAGGAUUUUGUGGAGCUGAUGGGACCCAAAAUGUUGGCAGAGACUGCAGACAUGAUUGGAGUGAAAGAACUACGUGAUGCAUUCAAAGAGUUUGAUUCCAAUGGUGACGGUCAGAUCAGUUUGUCUGAGCUACGCGAGGCCAUGAAGAAGCUGAUGGGAGAACAAGUGACCAACAGAGAGAUAAAUGAGAUUCUCAGAGACGCGGACCUCAAUGGAGACGGUUUGGUAGACUUUGAGGAGUUUGUGAGAAUGAUGUCCCGUUGAUGUGCAUCACACGGGCGAUGGCAUUUAACACAAAAAACAGGGACGACUCGACACAUCUUUGUCUGUAGUUCUAGCAUUUUAUGUUGCUAUAUAAAAAUAUAUAUGUAUAUAAUUUUAAAAACAAAGUAACAGAAAUUGUAUAACACAGAAUAUAUGGACAAAAGUGUUGGAACAAUUUUUAAAAAUAAUUUAGUGUUCCCGAAGGCAUGCUUUGAUGAGUUUGGUUUAAAAGAACUUGAGAUCUGAGAUCAACAGGAAUAACACAUAAAAAAACAAAAGUUUUCUUUUUAUUUCCAAUUUAUUCCAAUGGCCAGGUGUCCUAAUACUCAUGUCCAUACACUUGUAGUCAAGAUGAAAUUGCUGACUUUCUGUGUUUGUUUUUUAUACGUCAAAUAUUUGCAUGUAACAUUCCGUUUGUAAAUCUGUAAUAAACAAGUUUUAAAUUAAAAUUUUAAAAAACAA